GCCGGCCCCAGCAUCAAACUCUCGUCUCGGUUCCUCCAUUGCAGUUCUGAUAUAUCGACGCUGACGAAAGGCAAAGGAAAAAAAACGAAAACAGAAAACUUGAGUCGUUGUAUUUUGUUUGAAUCAUUAUUCAGCGCCGAGCCGUCGUCAAUUUUCUCUUGUUUCAACACGUCGUAGAAGAACACUGCGAGCACUCAUCAUCUAGUUUGAUUUGUUUUUCCUCGGGUUCACCUUUUGAGUCUCUCAUCAAUCUACGCGCCAUCUUUCCAAAUUCGCUGAACACUGGGCCAGGAGAACAAAUAGCCGGAACAACAAAAUGAUGCACAAAUGGAGCGUAGCCAUGAUGUUGUGUUGUUGGAUGCUGUUGCUCUCAGUCAGCGCCAGAGCUACGGCCAGCAGCUUGGACGACGACAACGGACUGGACGAAGAUUUCGAAGAUGUUUCCACCAAAGAUGUCCAGCCGACGGCGCGUUUCGCCUUCGUCAAUUUGAAUUCGGACGGAUCGCUGUCGUUCACCUUCAACGCCACAUCCCUCCAGUACACUUUGCUGGCCGCUUUGACGGCCCUGGUGUUGGCCGCCAUCCUUCUCCCCUUGCUGGGUCUCAUCGGCAUCGGUAGCCAAGAGCCGGAGUACGGCUACGCUUACACGGAUCAGCAAGGUUACACGGGAACCACUUAUGACAGUUCGCCACCACCGUCUUAUGGUUCCUCUUACGGCGGAUCGUCAUACAGCAAACGGUCGUUGAGCUGGAUGGGACCCGUCAUGGAAGCUCUGUCCAAGAGCUACCAAAAGUACGAGAUGGGCGCCGGAAGCAGCCGAAGCGAGGAAGAGCAUCACGAAUGAAUGAAACAGAGUUAUACGAUCUCUCUGCUGGAUAAAAAAUGAACUUAUACUAUACACCAACUGACAUACAUUUCAACAGAUUUCCUUUUUGUUUUAGUUCAUUUUCCUUUUUUUUUAUUUCCCCAAUUUGUGCAAAUCUAAUCAAGAUUUCGACACUAUCCUAUUUCAAUGUUGACUGAUUGUUUAUCUAUUAGAAUUCUUCGUUUUAACUUAUUCAACGGUUUUUAUUUUUUUUUCCAGUAUAAGGAAUAUUUUGUUUGCGUGUCGAGACAAAUUUAUGCGACACACAUUUUGGUUUCCCUCUUCUUCUUAUCCUAUCUCUCUUGUAUCACUCCAAUGUGUUUUAUUUUCACCCCCGAGUUAUUUUGUUCAUCUUCUUUCUCUUUCUGUUUGCAUUUUCGCCCCCCAGAAAGAGGACAAGGAAGAAUGAAUGAUAACAUCUCCCAUACAUUUCCCUUUCAUGAUUGUUAGUUCCUUUCGACAGACGAGACGACCAACAGUUAGACCUUCUUGUUCUUUUCCAGACUCAUUCUGACGGAUUUUUGUUGAUCGACCGAUCUUUCUGUUUUUCUUUUUUCCUUGGGUUUUUCUUUGCCUGCAUUCUUCUCUACCAUACUUUGUGACCUGACAACAUCAUUCCACAAACAAACACUGUCGACUCGCUCAAAAGGCCAUUCUCUUCACGACGAAAUUAUAAUAACGCUAACGCCUAAUACACGAACGACAAGACGACA